CUAUAACCGCUUCAAUAUCAACCACGGCACUAAACACAGAAAAGGUUUGACCUUUCCAGAUCAGUCACAAACUCACAUUGACCCAACAUCAAACUCACGAUCUUUAUCAAGAAAAAGAAAAUGGGAGAGGUCAAUCCGGCCUUCAUACAAGACGCCGAGCACAGGCCCAAGCUCGCAGCCACUCAAGCCGAAGGCAUUCCCCUCAUCGAGCUCGGCGCCCUCACCGGCCACUCACCCUCGGACGGUGCGGUCACUGACACCGUGGCCAUCGAAGGGCUCGUGGCGGAGAUAGGGGAGGCGUGCAAGAAGUGGGGGUUCUUCGCGGUGGUGAACCAUGGGGUGGUGGCGGAGAAGAGGGAGAGGAUAGAGCGGGAGGCGAGGGAGUUCUUCGCGCAGGGUCCGGAGGAGAAGAGGAAGGUGCGGAGGGACGAGAAGAAUACGUUGGGGUACUACGAGACGGAGCACACCAAGAACGUGAGAGACUGGAAGGAGGUCUUCGACUUCACCGUGACAGAGCCGACGCUCGUCCCGGCCUCACACGAGGACAGCGAAGAGGGUGUCAUCGAGUGGACCAAUCAGUGGCCUGAGCACCCUCCUGGAUUAAGGGAAGCAUGCGAAGAAUACGCACAAGAAUUGGAGAAACUCGCGCACGAGCUGAUGGGACUGAUAGCUCGGAGCCUGGGCUUGCCCGCGAACAGGUUUGACGACUUCUUCAAGGACCAGACCAGCUUCGUCCGGCUCAACCACUAUCCGCCUUGCCCCGAGCCGCAACUGGCUCUGGGCGUAGGCCGCCACAAGGACUCGGGGGCGCUCACCAUCCUGGCUCAAGACGACGUCGGAGGCCUCGAGGUGAAGAGGAAGAGUGAUGGGGAAUGGGUUCAAGUCAAGCCCAUCCCUAACGCAUUUAUUAUCAAUGUUGGUGACAUUAUUAAGGUUUGGAGCAACGAGAGGUACGAGAGCGUGGAGCACAGAGUGGUGGUGAACUCGGAGAAAGAGAGGUUCUCGAUUCCCUUCUUCUUCACCCCGCCACACUAUACCAUGGUGCAGCCACUGCAGGAAUUGACCGAUGAGCACAACCCUCCAAAGUACAGGCCAUACAACUGGGGCAAGUUCCUGGUCACCCGAAAAGCAAGCAACUUCAAGAAGCUCGAUGUGGAGAACCUCCAGAUUCAACACUUCAGGAUAUGAGAUUCAGCAGCAGAAUCUCCAAACUAUGGCCAUCUGUUGUUGUAGCUGAAGCCUUUGAAUUAGCAUUGGCAGCUUGAGAACUUUGCGGCGGAAUGUAAUAAAUGUGACUGUGUAUUGUGAAAUAUUGUGUGUUUGCCAAAAAUAAAAAAUGGAGCUGAGCACAGGGAUUUCCAUAAA